GCCUCCGCAGUACACUUCCUUCACUCAUAAGUAGCGCGCGUUUUGACAUUGUGACGUUUGUUAAAAAGUUUUUUUUUAUUGACUGAAAUUUCGAUAGUGUUUUAAUUUUACUGCCAGUGACAACUCUCAUAAAAUGAAAAACGAAGCCGACAUGCCAGUCAAAAACGGAUUGAAGAAGUCAUUGGUCGGUGUUAUCGAUGAUGGCACCAAGACAGUCAGAUUUGUGAUAUUCGAGGCGGAAUGUUCAGAAGAAUUAGCCGCUUAUCAGUUAGAUAAAACAGAAGUACAGCCACAAGAAGGAUGGUACGAACAAGACCCUAUGGAAAUUUUAAAUCACAUCAAAACAUGCGCCGACAACGCUAUAGGACAAUUGACUGAGUUAGGAUACUCUAAAGAAGACAUAGUGACAUUAGGUAUAACCAAUCAGAGGGAGACAACUAUAGCUUGGGACAAAUAUACUGGAGUGCCGCUACAUCCUGCUAUAGCAUGGAAUGAUAUACGUACAGAUACAACAGUUGAUGCUGUCCUGGCUAAGUUACCAGACAGAAAUAAGAAUUAUCUAAAAAGUAUCAGCGGGUUACCAAUAAGUCCUUACUUCAGCGCUCUAAAGAUGCGAUGGAUGAAGGAUAAUAUAAAAGCAGUGAGACGAGCAAGUCGGGAUAAGAGAUUGUUGUUCGGGACUGUUGAUUCUUGGAUUGUUUGGAACUUAACCGGAGGUCCUCAAGGUGGGUUACAUAUAACUGAUGUGACAAAUGCUUCUAGAACUUUAUUAAUGGACCUCGACACAUUGAAUUGGGACCCUAUGCUGUGCAGGUUAUUCGGUAUACACAGAGACUCUUUACCACAAAUACGAAGCAGUUCAGAGCUAUAUGGAGUUGUUAAAGAUGGCUCUAUAUUAGAUGGUAUGGGAAUAUCAGGGAUGUUAGGUAAUCAACAAGCUGCGCUGGUAGGUCAGAACUGUCUGCAGGCUGGCCAGGCCAAGAAUACAUACCGCAGCGGCUGCUUCUUGUUGUACAACACUGGCACCAGGCGGGUUCACUCAACACAUGGACUUAUUACUACAGUCGCAUACAAACUGGGUCCUAAUGCACCCGUUGUUUAUGCUCUAGAAGGUUCGAUAGCAGUCGCCGGAGGUGCCAUGAAGUUCCUGCGAGACAAUCUGAAGCUGAUGAAGGACGUGGCGACGGAGACGGAGCAGAUAGCGGGCCAGGUCUUCUCUACUGGAGAUGUCUACUUUGUGCCCGCCUUCAGCGGAUUGUACGCGCCCUACUGGAGGAAGGAUGCCAGAGGGAUAAUCUGUGGUUUGACAGCAUUCACCACAAAGAACCACAUCAUCAGAGCGGCGCUGGAAGCUGUCUGCUUUCAGACUAGGGAUAUCCUGGAGGCGAUGAACAAAGACUGCGGCAUGCCGCUGGGCAAGCUGCACGUGGACGGCAAGAUGGCUGAGAACCAGCUGCUCAUGCAGCUGCAGGCAGACCUCAUCGGCAUACCUGUCUUGCGUGCCCACACGUGGGACAUGUCAGCGCUGGGCGCGGCGGUGUGCGCGGGCAAUGCUGCCGGAGUGUGGGCAGUGGACCAGUGGAGGCAUCAUGUCACACCCAAUGACACCUUCCUGCCAACUACCACAGAUGAUGAUCGUGACGCGAGAUAUACUAAAUGGAAGAUGGCGGUGCAGCGCUCUCUGGGCUGGGCGACAACUAAAAAGUCCAUCGCUAUGACAGGUCAGACUAUACGAAAAUCUAGUAUGGUAACACUAAAUGAGAGCUACGAUGUCCCCCCCUCCCCGCCACGGAGCCGUACAGCCUCCUUUGUCGAUGGUCCGAGCAUAGACUAUGAUAGAUUGGGUAAUCCAAUCAUAGACGAAGGUGUACAUAAAUCUAUUGGAGAGUUAAUUAAAUUAUCUCCGCGUAGAUUUUCUGAAUUCGUUCCCGUACAAAAAGAUGAAGCGACAAUUUUAGAUGACGCGGAAUAUUUUAUGAGUAAAAAGGAAUGUGACUAUGGUAUGUGUCAGUGUUGCGAGCCAAAGAAAAAGUUGACAAAUUGGGAGACCAUAGAGGAGAUCAUAGAGAACGAACCGGAGAUAUAUUUCGAUGUACCGAAUCCUACUGUCUUUGAACGGAACGAAACAGUUUUUACUAACUCGGUAGGAUUGAGUAAGACUCUUAAUAAAGUACCUGAAGGAUUCACCGACAUUUGUAACAAACUAUCGCAUACCACGCUUAUGUAAAAAAAAAAAAGAUUUUGUUGAGAAAAAAAAAGAUUUUUUUGAAAAUAAAAAAAGAUUUUUUGAAAAA